AUGAUUUCUUCUGUUCAAAUCGAAGAAUUAAAUAAAGCUAUUGAAGAAGUAGCAGCACUUUAUAGUCAAAAAAUUAGAGAAAUAGUUGACCGAAUUCCCGCAUCUGAAGAUCCUUAUUGGAGAUUGUCCGAUUUACAAGAGUUAACUAAAAUCAAAAAUCAAUUGAACUUACUUUUUAAGAUUCGUGACAACUGCGUACAAGUUCUCGAAGAUUUAGAAUUACUUAAAGAUAUGGCAGAUCAACAACCAAAUCGACCACAUAGAACAGUAACUCAACACCAGCGUAGUUUAUCCCAACCUGAUAUUAAUCCACCAGCAAUCCCUGCACGACCUC